UUUUGUUGUCUGCUGGAGCUGGAGACAGACAGCUGAGAGUGAAACAGCCGUGUGUUCUUGGUGCUUGAAAUUCAGACGCGCUGCGCGGCGUCUCGUCCCGAAACCCAAGACGACAACCAAGAAGAGUCACUUGGAUUACCGUCAGCAGGUCUAAAGCCCGAACACAUUUUUUUCCAAGAAAACUUGCUGGGGGUUUUUUUCUCUCUCUGUUGGGACACAGGCAAAAAUCUCGCAUUUUCACCUUUUAAAAGCAGCAGUCUUCUCGGAAGGGGCCGCACCUUCAGCUGAACAUCAUCCAGUGAUCAUGCAGGAUUGAGGAGACACCAAGAAUCCUGUUGGUGAACCUGGUCUGAAGAUCUACAUGACCUUCUGGACGUGAAGUUCCAUAAAAGUUGCAGAGCAGACAAGAUCAAAGAAGACUGGAAGACAAGUGAACGAAGGAGGGAAGGAGUUGUUUGGACUGGCUGAAGGGGGAAACCGAAGGGCUGGAUGCAAGCCUUUAUUCAUUCUAGAAGUUCCCAGUUUCCUCAGAGAUGGCCUCCAAUUUCAAUGACAUUGUCAAGCAGGGCUAUGUCCGCAUGCGGAGCAGGAAACUGGGGAUCUAUCGGCGCUGCUGGCUGGUGUUUAAGAAGUCGUCCAGUAAAGGACCUCGCAGACUGGAAAAAUACCCUGAUGAGAAGUCAGCCUACAUCAGAGUCUGUCCUAAGGUGACAGAGAUUAGUAAUGUGAAGAACAUCACAAGAUUGCCUCGUGACACGAAGCGGCAAGCCGUGGCCAUCGUCUUUACAGAUGACACCUCUCGAACCUUCACCUGUGAAUCAGAGCUGGAGGCUGAAGAGUGGUUUAAGACCUUGUCUAUCGAGUGCCUGGGGACACGUCUGAAUGACAUCAGUCUUGGGGAACCAGACCUCCUGGCCGCUGGAGUUCAGUGUGAACACACAGAGCGCUUCAACGUGUUCCUGUUGCCCUGCCCCAAUCUUGACAUCUACGGAGAGUGUAUGAUGCAGAUCACGCAUGAAAACAUCUACCUGUGGGAUAUUCACAACCCUCGCACCAAGCUAGUAACCUGGCCGCUUUGCUCGCUGCGGCGCUACGGACGGGAUGCUACGCGCUUCACCUUUGAGGCUGGCAGGAUGUGUGACAGUGGGGAGGGUCUGUACACUUUCCAGACACGGGAAGGAGAGCAGAUCUACCAAAGGGUUCAUUCUUCCACUCUAGCUAUUGCUGAGCAGCAUAAGAGAGUCCUCAUGGAAAUGGAAAAAAACAGCAAGCUUUUAUCUAAGGGUUUAGAGGGGACUUCCUACCCCUGCACCCCGACAGCAAUCUUACCACGAAGUGCUUUCUGGCACCACAUCACCGGAUCACAGGCUGGGGUGGACACUGCCAACGGUGACAUCUACGGUGAUACUCAACCAGGAGUGGACACUGACCUCUUCUCUAAACGCCUUCCUCCAGAACGACACUCAACCCUUCCUGUGGGCCACGGCUGCCCUCAACCCCCGACGCACUACCCCACGUACCCCAUCGAGUGAGCGGCUUUUAGCAGCAAUGAAACCUUCCAGAUUUUCACCUCUUGACCUCCCUCCACACUGCACUCUGCCCUAAGUUUUUCCAUCAGCUCUUCUUCAGCAACGGAAGAUCCGUGCUGUCAUGCUGCCUCAGUUCCCCCUGAGCCUGCCAGCGACGCUGAGGGCACUUACUGUGGAAUGAGGGAAUGCACUGUGAAGCUUGAAGCGCUUCAACUGGAGCAGGGCUCACAUACCCUUAAACCAGACACAAGAGAUGCGACAAAAUGUUGGAACUGGCUCAGUUGCCUUCACAGUGCCAAUAUGGUCACUCUUGCUGGGUUUCUGCGGAAGUAGAGACUGUACUGUAGGUUCUUCUCAAUAUUAUCUCUUAUUCUAACUCUAAUCUCAUGCACGCUCUUCAACCCUAUGCAUGUCCCCCAAGGUAAACAAUUACGGAAGAGCUACGGAGGGGUUUCUUAGACUCCUGUAGAAGCCCCAACACAAGAGGGUGUCCAGCAAACCACAGCAGCCCGGAGGAAGGGCCGUAAGCACUUCUGCUCUUCAGUAAGAGUAAUCCAAAGCGUGCUUUGAUCAGAUGCUUUAAUCAUGUCUGUAAGACUUCCCAAGCCCAGAGGACUUUGAGGAACUGGGAGCACUUUCUGAAAGUGUCAUUUCGUAUGGUCGUAUAUUUUGUUUCUCCUUUUCCCUUUCUUUAAAGUGACUUAAAUGGACAGUUCUGAUGUGCAAACUGUCUGUCCAGUCUCUGUCGUGAGAUGAAGAAAGCCAUUUGGACAGAAGUGAGGGUUUGACUAGCUCAUGUGCUUCGUUCUCUGGGUGGUCUUUUCAGAGAGACUGAUCCACCAUUUUUUCUGGAAGAUGUCGUGAGGGUCAGAGAUCAACGAAUAGAUGGGAACAAAGAUUAUGAUUAUACCCAGCUGAGGUGGUUUAAGGAAUUAUUUAUUUAUUUAUUGAAGUUUACCAACAAAGCACAAGACAAAUUGCAGUGUAUAGCAGUAGGUUUUCUUUAGCAGUUCAGCAAUUCUGUAUGUAAAAUGGUUUAUACUAGCACUGUAAAAGAGGAGAAAAACAUCUUAAAUAAGGUGGUAGGCCUCACACGAGACAUGUUUCUGGAUUUCCAUGCUUGUCAACUAUUUCCAGUAAUUUCCAUGAAAUUAAGGGUAUCAUUAUUGCUUUCAUAUCUCAGCAGACAUUUAUAUUAUGUGGCUGUAUCGUGUUUUCAGUCAGCUACACUUGUUCUGUUUUUCUCAUGCUGUAGCUCUCAAUUUAAAACCCUGUGUGUUGGAGCGGUUAGUGCACAUUGCAUAAUGAGCUGGGCUGCUUUGAGUUUGAUCAAUCUGAUUGACUAGCAUGGUGAAGCUGGUUAACGGUUUCCAGUGGGCCCUAUUUGUUUAUCCUUCACUCCCUGUACUCUCUCUACUAUCCAUAUAAAUAAGUGACAUAAAGGUCAAAAUUUAAAAAACACUCAUAUGUCUGGCACAGAAUUAAUUUGGUUGUAUUCUCUGAUUGAGCUACAGUCCUGAGGGUUUGACUACUUGUAGCUUUAUUCAUUUUAUACAUACAUAGUCGUUCAGUGCUGGGAUUUAUUAGCUCACGUCGUAUGUAUCCUUAAAAGGGCUUGAGCUGAUCUGAUUGUCAUGAUUGUACACAUUGAGGAAAAAGAAAAUAGUUUUUUCAGGUUUCCUUGCAGACAGUUUUAAAAAUUUGUGAAAAUAUUUUUUAGCAGUACAUAUUUCAACAGCUCUUCAAAGAUAAGCACCUUUCAUUUAAGCUUUACUUUUUUACCAUGUCUAAUUUUCAGUUACUCUCUAUGAUGUAGCCAAAAUAUGCCCACAUAUAUAAAUGUACACUACCAAAUGUAUGGGGCCAAAUGUAA